AUGGCGGCGCGGCGCUUCCGCUUCCGCUUCCGGGGCGGGGCCAAGGCGGCCGGGGCGGGGCCAAGGCGGCCCGUCCGGCCGGGGCCUCCUCGCGAGCAGGGCCGGGCGAAGGCGGCCGGGUCGAGCGCCCCGGGCGGCGCCGAGCGGAUUCCCGCGGCCAAGGGAAGGCCUACGACUCCCGGUCAUGGGGAAUUGCUAUUUAAGGAUGGGAGUUAUUAUGAAGGCAAGUUUGCAGAUGGUGAAAUUACAGGCAAUGGAUUCCGAUACUGGACAACUACAGGGAGUACUUACUCUGGCCAGUUCCUCUUUGGUGAACUCCAUGGGCAUGGAAUCAUGCAGUAUGCAGAUGGUGGAAAUGUGAAGGAGUUCUCCUUUGGGGUCCAGGAAGGUUAUGGGCUACUGACAGACUAAGAUGGACAACUGUGUGAAGGAUGCUUCCAUAACAAGAAAAAACACAGGGGGAUCUCUGUGGUGGUCGUGCAGAGAAAUGGGGACAAGUUUGAAGGAGACUGGAUUCAGGACCAGAGACAAGGACAUGGAGUGCUCCAUUGUGGGGACAGAAGCGUAUAA